GCAGUGACAGUCACAUACAGGCCCGGGCAAAUAUAGGUACGGUCAAAAAGUACUUGCAUGGUCAAUAUAUACCGGCAGGACGAUACUAGACGCAGGGAACAUUCGCUCCGACGACGCAGCUCUUGAAAAGAAACAAGGGAAAAACAGAUGAUGUCAUACUUGUUGUUCAUUGCCGUCUGCUUGGUCACGUGCGUGUCGGCGCACGCGCAGUGCAGCAACACUUCACCUUGCCCUUUCAAAGGUGGUGAUGAUUUCAUCCAACCAGAAGAAAAGUCUUCAAUAGACGGUAAACUUGAGAUGACCUUGACCGUGGAUGUGUCUGACGUCACGGUGGAGUGGUUGACCUUCACCAGAAGGACCUAUAACGGAGGUUGGCCCUCCCCAACACUGAGGGUCAGGGCGGGGGAUCAGGUCGACAUUCUUUUGAAAAAUAACCUGGGAGACAGCCAAGCCGAGGGCGAGCCGAACACAUUCCGCCACCCGAACACCACCAACCUGCACGUGCACGGACUGCACAUCUCACCCAGGGAGCCGCAGGACGACGUCCUGAUAGAGGUGAGACCAGGUAGUGAGUACCAGCACCAUUACGAGCUGAAUGCCCUCCAGCCGGCGGGGACAUACUGGUACCACGCACACCAUCACGGGGCUACCUACUUCCAGGUAGCCAGUGGUCUUGCCGGGCUGUUGAUCGUGGAGGAUGAAGAGGCGUCCAUGUCAGACCAACUUGCCGCCAUUUCCUGUCCGAACAACUGUGACAAAGAGGUGCCCAUGUUACUCGGCAAGUUGCUGUUCUACGGCCAGGACGCCCUGAGUUUUCCCACCAUGCAAGACAUCAUGGGUGAUAUCUUCGUACUGGACGAUAUCGUAACAGACGAGAACAUCACCCUAUUGGAUUGGCUGGAGAGGAAUGACGCAACUCAGUACCUGACCAAUGGUCAGUACGUACCAACGAUCUCCAUGCGGCCUGGAGAGAUCAGACGUUUCCGAUUGGUGAACAUCGGACCGACCGACAUGUUGGAGAUGUACCUCGAAGGUUGUGAGAUGGUAGUGUUGGCGUUUGACGGAGUUUACGUGGACAAACCUUACCAGACGGAGUACGUCUUUAUACCGGACGCCGGGCGAGCGGAUGUAGCAGUCAGGUGUUCCGAGGCAGGGUCUUACCAGCUCAUUUCCCGCAACGCUCCGGAUCAGAUCAUGUCGGUCGGUUCUACGCCAGUUUACGACGGAAUCAUCGCGACCAUUGAGGUCUCAGGUGAGCCUGUAGAGAUGUCUUUUCCUACCUCUUUACCCGAGAGGCCUUUCUUCAACCUGGAUCUGAGAGGAUUCCCCGACACCCGCAUUAGAGGCCGGAAUGUGGUCGAGUUCGGCCCGACUCCGUACCUCAAUCGCGAGAAGAUGAAGACUGGUGACUACUUCCGGUAUAAAUUCAGAACGGGAACCGUACAAGAAUGGUACUUGGUGAACUCUGACCCUUCCGUGGGCCAUCCGUACCACGUCCACGUCAAUCACUUCCAGGUCGUCGCCUACAACCGGUACAACGGGCCGGUGGCCAGCUUCGCGCCUGCGUACUACGACCAGCAGGGUUUUCUUUGCGAUCAACAACUGGAAGACUUUGACCCUUUGGAGGCUCCAGAGGUCAUACCGGUCAACCUGACGUUCCUUGGGCACGAGACUAGGGACCGGGGCAUGGCGGGAUAUGUGCCUAUUGGCCAAUGGCGAGACACCAUCAUGGUCCCGCCGUUGGCUAGCAUCACAAUCCGGUUUAUGGCUGACGAGUAUCCCGGAACUUGCGUCAUCCACUGUCACUUCCUGAAUCACGAAGACGUGGGAAUGAUGAUGGUGACGGAAAUCGUCCGACCCUGGCAGUCCAUCCGGGGUGCACACGUCACUUCCGGCGGUUUUCACCCCGGGACCUGCAAAUUCUUUGACGAAUGGCCUGACGUCAGAAAAAAUAGUCCCGCGGGUUCCAUUUAGGGGAUUCUAGUAACAACGUUAAAUAGAGUCUAGAGAGCUGUAAUUUUUUAUUGAUUUAAAAUUUCGGUUGACUAAUCAGAAUGUGACGGUAUCACCUUCAAAGAUACACAUGGAAGAUAAAAAAGAAAGAAAUAUUGAUAGUUUAGUGACAUGUAAGUUAAGGUACUGUAUCAUUGUAAUACAUGACUUCACCAUGACAGAUGUGUUCAAGACAUUUAAGAAAGCUAAAGAGUUGAAAGAGCGGAUAGGUUCCAGCAAAAUUUGCUUCUUGAAAUACAUCCAAUGCAGUUUCAUGCCGGCAAAACAAAAAGUAUUUCUGAACGACAAUUGAGUUUGAAAACUUUUGUCUUGACCAUUGAGAUGAAUUUUCGAUUUUUGCAUUGUGUGUGUGUUUUUUUGGGGGGGGGGCAUUCGCGCUGGCCAACUUUCAGCCAAUCUUGGCUGUAAGAAAAGGAGGUUGGCGAUUGGCGGACAGUCACGCCAAGGCCUCGCUUGCUUCCUACUACGCAAUACAAGCGCUGGCCUGGUAGAAGUUGUUUUGAUUACUAACUAAAGUAACUAUGGUAGCUGGCUAAAGCCCUGCUAUGGUAAGAACAUGAUCAUUCAAUUUGCGCCAGAUGAUUUAACCGUAUAUACGCAUGGGCUAACAAUAAUAAAGACUGAACAGACACAACACGCGUGUUCUACUUCUUAAUAAACUUUAAUCAAAGUAAUCCAUACCACAUCCGUAAAACAACUUUCAUUAAACAGUACUGCGUAGAUCUACCUAUCAUCAAGAUAAAACACAACAAAA